AGCUAUAUGGGAACCGGGAUUCUUAUCUUGAUAGCUCAGCUUCAUUCGUAACCAUUGGUGAACUAUUCUUCGAUGACCGAGUUUUUCAUUCCACUGAUAGGCGAGUCACUAUUUACAUGACCAAGAAUCCCAUUCCCGUCUCCCUCUGAACUCAGUUGUCUCAACAAGCUAUCCUCCCUUUGCUCCUUCGCAUAGGGAGAUCUCAUGGCUUCAACCAAUACUUCCAUUCCUCUUGUUUAUGCCAUCUGGAUCGCGUUCCUCCUUUUCUUUGGAUCCGUGCAACUAUGCCUCUGUUUCAGUGGAAAUAGUUCCGGGUCAGGAGGCUGCAUAGAGAGGGAAAGGAAGGCUCUUCUUAGCAUACGGAAGGGCAUCUAUGAUGCCCACAGAUGGCUCUCUUGGAAUGGAAAAGACUCCUGCCGAUGGAGAGGAGUUCGAUGCAACACCAUGACCGGACACGUCAUAAAGCUUGACCUCCACUACCCUUAUCCAUGUGACGAUUAUUAUCCCGAACCUUGUCCUGAUAAAAGUGAGGUAAGUCAUUCACUACUUCACUUGAGACAUCUGAAUUAUUUGGAUUUGAGUAUGAACAAUUUUGGUGGUGCCCCGAUCCCUGACUUCAUUGGAUCUCUUGCCAACAUGAAGUAUCUAAGCCUCUCGCAUGCUGGGUUUGGUGGAACAAUCCCUCACCAACUCGGGAACCUCUCAAACUUGCUCUAUCUUGAUCUCGCUUCAAACUUUUGGUACUCUUUGGAUGUUGAUAAUCUUGGCUGGUUACCUUCGAUCCGUUUCCUGCAGCAUCUUGACAUGAGUUAUGCCGACCUCUCAAAAGCAUCCAACUGGAUUCAUGUGAUCAAUAUGCUCCCUUCUCUUUCUGUCUUGCAUCUGUCUCUUGCUAGUCUUCCAAGCCUUCCCUCUACACUACCCCAUGUUAAUUUCACUUCUCUUACUACACUUGAUCUCCAUGGGAACUACUUUGCAUCAAGCAUACCCGGUUGGCUGUUUAAUCUUAGCAGCCUUGAACUUCUCGAUCUUGGGAACAAUUUUUUCCCUGGCAGUAUACCACUUGCCAUCGGAAAUCUCAAGAAGCUUCGAGUCUUAGAUCUCUCAGUGAACACCUUCAAUGGAGACAUCCCGGAGAUGGUAUGGAGUCUCAAGAGCUUGCAGUCAAUAGAUUUGAGUACGAACAAUAUCAAUGGGAAUGGUAUCAGUGGGCAGAUACCAGAAACUGUGGGGAAUCUCAAAAGCUUGGUGUCCUUGGACCUCAGCUAUAACAAUAUCAGUAGGCAUAUACCAGAAACUGUGGGGAAUCUCAAAAGCUUGGUGUCCUUGGACCUCAGCUAUAACAAUAUCAGUGGGCAUAUACCAGAAACUGUGGGGAAUCUCAAAAGCUUGGUGUCCUUGUCCCUCAGUAUAAACACAAUUAGUGGGCGUAUACCAAAAACUGUGGGGAAUCUCAAAAGCUUGGAGACCUUGGACCUCAGCUCUAACAGCAUUAGUGGGGAGAUUCCAGAAACCAUAGGGAAUCUCGGUAAGUUGAGCAGUUUGGAUUUAUCAUGUAAUCGUAUCAACGGGCAGAUACCUAGAACAGUGGGUAAUCUCUGCAACUUGAGCACCUUUAAUGCUUCUGAUAACAAUAUAGGUGGAGAUAUUACAGGAUUCAUAGAAGGUUUCUCGAGAUGCAGCACCAAUAGAUUACAAAAUGUUGAUUUGCAUCACAACAAUCUUAGCGGUGCUUUGCCCAAUCAGAUAGGAGAGCUCCAAAGUUUGGGCUAUCUUGAUCUUGGUUCAAAUUUAUUGGACGGUUCAAUUCCUGCAUCAUUGUGGAAGUUAUCUGCCCUUUCUUAUCUGAAUCUCGCAGCAAAUUCCUUGGCAGGUGCACUAACUGAAGACCACUUCACCAACCUCACACGCUUAUCAUAUUCGAAUGUUAUAUCUUACUCAGUGAUUAGUGGAUUAAUAGAUCUAUCCAACAAUUCAUUCUCUGGACCUAUUCCGCCAAUCUUGGGUGGUGGUUUCGACUAUCUUACCAUUCUGCUUCUUGCACAUAACAGGUUCAAUGGCAGCAUUCCAUCAGCAUUUUGUGAGGCAAAUAGUCUAAAAGUUCUCAAUCUUGCCGAUAAUGAUUUAUCAGGAGUUGUCCCUAACUGUUGGAACAAUUCAUCUCGUUUGGGAGUCAUUGAUUUCUCAGAUAACAAAUUGUCAGGAGGCAUUCCUAGCUCAAUGGGAUCUCUCAGUCAACUCAUGUCACUGCAUUUGAGAGACAACAACUUCUCUGGUAAAAUUCCUUUGUCCUUGCAACAGUGCAAACAUCUGACUACUAUUGACCUUGGCAAUAAUAAGUUCUCAGGUAGCAUACCUGAAUGGAUUGGAGGGAGCCUCUUAUCAUUAAGGGUUCUCCGUCUGCGAUCAAAUAUGUUGGAUGGUAAUAUUCCUAAGCAACUGUCACUCCUUGCUUCUCUUCAAGUGUUGGAUCUUGCUGACAACAAACUUUCUGGAACUUUGCCACCAUCAUUUGGUAAUUUAAAAGCCAUGAUUACCACACAAAAUGGGAGCAAACCUGUUCUUUCUGAAGAUAUGGCCUCCUAUUACACUGAGAAUAUCCAGAUAACCACAAAAGAUUUGCAACUCACAUUCACUAGUGUGCUCUCACUUGUGACAAGCUUAGACCUCUCAGACAACAAUAUUUCUGGAGAGAUUCUUGAGGAGUUUACGAACCUUCAUGGGCUUCAUUCCUUGAACUUAUCAAGGAAUCAUUUGACAGGAAGGAUUUCGAUCAAUAUUGGCGCCAUGGGACAGUUGGAGUCACUUGAUCUGUCGAUGAACAACUUAUCAAGCACAAUUCCUACAAGCAUCACAGAUUUGAAUUUUUUGGCGCGCCUGAACUUGUCCUACAAUAAUCUGUCAAGAAGAAUUCCAUCUGGGAACCAACUCCAAACCUUGAAUGAUCCAUCCAUCUACAUUGGCAAUCAGUAUCUUUGCGGACAGCCACUACCAGAAAAAUGCCCCGGCGAUGAACCUACAGAAGGUCCAACAGAAGAAAAACAGGAUGAAAAUGGUUCAGAAAUGAAAUGGCUUUAUGUUGGCUUAAGUCCGGGAUUUGUGGUUGGCUUCUGGGGAUUUCUUGGCGCAGUGAUGCUUAAAAAGAGCACAAGGUAUGCUUAUAUCCGAUUCAUUGACAGGAUAUGUGAUUGGAUUUAUAUGGCUGUAACAAUAAAUUCUGCUAGGCCAAAGUCCAAGAGAAAUCGAGGACGCAAAGGAGGCAAGUAAACUGUUGCAAAGUUGUAAUGCUUUCCCCUGUGUAUGGUUCAGGUUGACUUAAUGUUUCUGCAAUGCAUCAUGCAUGAAAGAUGAGUAGAAAUAUGGACUAUUAGAAUAAAUAGAAAUGCUUGGAAACCAUUUAAAUGUUUUAGUUAUUGAGGACUUAAAAGCUGUAAUUGAGUGAAUUAUUUAAGCAA